AUGUUUAAAGGGUUCCGAUUAGCAUCCCGUAUAAAAACAAUAUGGCGGCUCUAGGCGAAUCAACUGGAUCAGUCCAUUUUUAAGAAAUAAGGGGAGUUCUGUAAAAUCCAGUUUAUUGAAAUUGUCUUUGAGAUAAAGUAAUCCGUUUAUAAUGAUUUUGAAAACGUUAUCCAAAGAGUGAUUGCGUUCAAAGAAUACAUGUACAACAGCCAAUUUAAAUCCUUGCAUUAGAAACCGGUUUGUCUUGCUUUGUUUCAUUUGUAGGAUAUUUCAUAUGCCAAGCUGUGUGCUAUUACGUUAUGGGGAAAUUUAGAUGCCAAUUUUUCCUUAUUAUACACAAAUAGAUGAUCCUGAAACUUCGCCCAUAAAUGUGGAAUUGAUUUGUCAAAAUAAAAAUCACCCUUUUAUAAAUGUGUGACGAUCCAUAAUAUACUUAUGCUAUAUAACAGUUAGAGGUGUUGACACAACGACCUCAAACCUGUGAACCCUUGAGUAUUAUUCCGGGAUCGGGCCUUUUAUACUAAACGGUGAGCAACACCAGAAACGAGCGUUCGAUUUGCUAAACGAUAUGCGUCACCCUUUAAGUUGUGAAAUUGAAAAUUAUUGGCACGGACGUUGAACUGCCACAUAUCUUUAAAAUCUGAAGAAGCCAAGGGGUCUCCUUAUAGAUGCAUCCUAGCAACUACCAAGGCAAUCGAUAUACGGAUAUUAUAUGGACAUUAUUUCCAUUUCCUGUCAUAAGCAAAAUGAUGCGGAAAAAGUCAUUUAUUGUGUAUAUAAUGGUCGGAGUUAUUAGUAUACUUGGAUUAUAUAUAAUGAUUGAUAUGAUGCUCGGGAACACAUGGAAUUACGGUGAUACCAAAAUGUUGCCCAAAUAUAGAUUGGAUAGAUCUAGAGAAAGAGAAUUAGGCCUAGAUCUAAUCUCAGAUGCAGAUAAACAGUUCAAGUGUUUUGAAAUUCAAAAGGAUAUAAAGAAAAGUUCUUGGAAUAAUAUUUCUGAUCACUCCAAGACAGCUUGGCAACAUUUGGGCUGUCAAAAAAACAUAACCCAUCCUGGAGAACUUAUUGGACAAACAGUAAGACAUUUUGAAGGCCACGCUGGAUCUUUAUCGAAUCAUAUAUCUGGUGUAAAUCUGGUAAAAUACAUUGAAACGGCAUAUCCUCUAUCUAUUGAAAAAUACAGUGUGGAUAUAGGUGCGGCUGGGGCAUCUGAUGCCACUGAACUCAUGGCUAGGGCUGGAUGGAAAGGUUUUCAAUCGGAUGGACGCUUAGGCAAAGACUAUAUCAGUCGGCGUAUCAACAAGACAAAUCAAAUUAUGAUUCCACAAGCUGUGCACAACAUUUCGCAAAAAUACAGUAUUCCAAAAAGAAUCGGAUAUAUGAAGGUAGAUAUUGAUUCCUAUGACUGGGAUGUUCUUAAAGCAUUUCUUGAUGCUGGCGUCUAUGCAGAUAUAUACGAUUUGGAAUUCAAUCCUGUAUUUCCUCCUAGCGUCCACUAUCAUAUGAACUAUUCUGCAGAUUUUGUUUGGACAUUACUAGCAACUCGACCCAAGGAAAAACAGAUAUUGUAUGGUGCAUCUCUCAGGGCCUACCAUGACUUGUUAGCCCCUCUGGGGUACACUCUUAUAGAUGUAGACUGGUACAAUGCUGUCUUUGUUAGGGACAAAUAUGCUGAUACUUUUGGUCCCAUACCAACAGAUAUAGAUACAGUUUGGCGGUUGGGAUGGUUUGAACGUGCUGGGCGUCACACUCAAAGGGACUUAGUGACAAAAUACUGGCUCAAUUACCCUCGGCAGGAAGUGUGGGCGACCAUGGAAGCAUCUGAAAUAGUCAAAGAAUUAAAACAAAUCAUGGAAUAAACAAGCGGUGAAUCAACUUUAGUCAAUUGACUAAUGUAGAAAAAUGUAGUACUUCUUAGAUGAAAUUGGUAAGGAUUAGAUGUAUGAGGGAGAUGCCUAUAAAACCUUAUUUAAAUGAAUAUUUUUAUGGAAC